AUGAAGCUGAUCUUCGCCUUACUCGUCAGUUACUCUCCGCUCGUGCACGGAUACCGUCCAGAAAGCAUACUUUCUGUUGCCCAUGUGCUUUCUGAAGACCGCACAGGUGCUGGUGAAGAAGCAGAUGAGGAGGCCAAGAAUGCAAAGGCUGUUGGCAACGAUGGGGACAAGGGGGAAGACCAGCAAGCAGAAGGUCCACAUGACACUAAUCUGCCAGGCAAGCCUGCACCAGAAGGCGUAGAGCCCCCAAAGGAUUGCUACUGGCACAGGAAGGCCAUGAAAAACUGGAAGGUUACGUUUGAACCUGUCGACGCCAUUCAGAAAAGGAUCGAGGACGUGGUCCGAGUGCAAAGCGACAAAACCGAUCCCGAGGAUGAUUGGGCAAGCUUGGUCAAGAUUGACGGUGACCUGAUCCAGAUGUAUUUGGGAGUUGAAGUUUCCUUCAACGAGACUGAGAAGGAGUGUCCAAAGCUGGAUGAAAAGGACAUUCGCUUGUCAAACACCAUCAACUGCGAAGAGCCAGGUGGUGAACACAUCGAGGGUCAGGCAAAGUUUGAGGAAGGCAUGCGCAUUUUCCGCUUAAAGACUUCGAACGCAACAGUUGUCUUGAAGCGAGUGGAAGGAAACAAUGACUCUGCAGUGAUCGGGGAUUGGACCUUUUUGACUGGUGAUUUCAGCAUUGUGAAGACGGAAGAUGGCAAGCUUGAGCUUGAACAGAAGAUGUGGAAUAAGUCAGUCAGCUACAGAGGAGUGGUUACACAAGAAUCUGGAAGCGACGACUUUCAAGUAGAGAUGAAGGUGGUCGAUGCCGAGUGUGCAAAAUUCAAAGUCGGCAAGUGCCCUGACUUGUGCCAAGACAACGGAACUAGCUGCAAGGCGGAUGAGACGAAAGGGCACAACGUGAGGUUGAAGAUCCACAAAGACAAACCAAAUGAGAUGACAAGGAUUAUGGACAAUGCGACAGAAUUUGUGGCGAAGCGAAGCUUUGUUCCUGUGGAUGCUGACAAAGAUGCCUUUGUUUGCGUGAAGGUCAACGAAUCGUGGGUAGCCAUCCGAGGUAUGAGCUAUAAACAACUGCACUACAAAUCGAUGCUUCAGAAGGUGAAGGACGCGAAAAAUUCUCAGGGAUUGAAGGUCUUUGCAGACAAGGGAUUUGGGAAGAAAGUGCUGCAGGAAAAUCACAUCAUGCUCGACGGCAUUAUGUCCGAAAAAGCACACCAACCACCCUGGAAGAAGUCGAUCCAGGCUACAGUGGAGUGGAAGAAGGCGAUGGUUUGUCCAGCAAAAUUCCCCAUUUGCUACAACGAUGGUGAUUGUGUCUCAGAAGACUGCAAGAAUGGUUGUGACUGGUCAAAAUCUCCCACCGUGGACAGCAAAGAAGACCUUGAGUACAACUAUAUUGCCGGCGCAGACACGUACGGUACAGCCUGUGAUAUGGACAGCGAGGAGCUUGGCAAGAAGAGUUCAGCUCCUGGUUUGUCCUUCCUGGCCGUCCUGGUUGCAGUUGACCGAGUUGACUACAUUCUGAAUGUUUGGAAGCCAAAUGGGUUGGCGACAACUUCUACUGGGGAGGCAUCUCAGCGACGUGCAGGGAACCAAGACAUCCUUAUUUUGGGCGGAAAUUUCGACAAGUUCGAGGGGGGGCCACAGCCAGGCUGGCACUACUUGGCUGCGUGGGACCAGACGAUUGGCUACACCUGGGGCGCACCAGGAAGCAAGUGGAGAUGGUUUCAGCCUGCGUUGUACUACAAGACCAGAGCCAUCUAUGAGCAAACCGACCCAGAUCACCAUGAAAAGGGCUUUAUGGUUGAUUAUUUCUUCGUGGAUACCAACAUGUUUGAUGCAUUUGACCCCGAGAAGGACCGCACGUUGUGGCUCUUUGUCGAGGAUGAACUGGAGAAUCACCUGAUUCAGUGUGUGCGCUUUGUUGGUGGUGAUGUUCGGGAUUUUGGUGAAGUGAAGGACGCACGAGCACACAAGCAAAAAGAAAUGGGCACUUUGCUAAUUCGGCAAAUGGUGGUUCAUCUCCAUUUGGAAGAGGCAGUGCAGCUGGCUGGCCGCCAGUGGGGCAUGGACUUCUGGCAACCAAUCAGCAAAAAAUACGGUAUUGACAUGAUGAUCACGGGGCACACGCAUCAUCAGGACUUUUGGCCACAAUGGGGCAGAAACCCACUUGGUGGGACUGCCGUGAUCGUUUCUGGUGGCGGUGGCGGCAUUACGUCCGAGGGUUUGCCCAACGAGCACGGAUGGGAUGAUGAGUAUGGCUUCAUGAAGCUCGAACUUCACAAAGAACAGAUCAUUGUUCGAAUGGUUUCCCAUGGCAAACAACUUCGAAGAGAAGAAAGGGUCUAUCCGAUUCUCCCAUCCUACAAGCUGCCAGAUAUGAAGAAAUCACAGCAGUUUAUGCCCACCAUUGAAGCAGGCGAUGCAGAGGCCUUAAGCCUGCUUCAGAAACCAUCUUCAGUAGCAGAUAGUAGCAGAGAACAGCAAGCUGUGGGGCCAUGCCUGUAA